UCAAAAAUAUUUUUAUAUAUGAUUAAAUUCAUUUGGUGUUAAUGAUUAUUGUUAAAUUUAUACUGAUUUGAUAAAAUGAUAUAAAUUAAUACAAACUAAUUGUAUCAUCAACUGAAAGUCUGAAAGUCUGGAACCAUUAUACUUGUUAAAUCGAUGGAAACACAUAAACCGAUUUGACAAGCUUGUAAGAAACUAACAAAUAAAGAACAUGCGAGAAGUCUAAAUGCGGGAUAUUCAUCUCUAGUAGCCAAGCUGAAAUCUGUUGGCUAGUUUCACUAUCAACCUCCCACUUAUUUAUACCAAAAAAAACUUCUCCAUAUCUGCAAAUUUGCCCAAAAAAACCUGCGGCGUCCAAUUGCUUGAAGAAGACAACAAUCCUCCCCACCCCGAAAAGCAAGGAAGAAGGACCUCCAUUGAAAAGGAGACCGGAUAGAGCCUUUGCUGUUUCCCGUCGCUGAACAAUUAUCUCAUCUUUCUCCGAGAGGAGAGCUUUCCAUUGGGCUCGGGAAGCAGGGCAGACGAAGAAGAGCGAGGCGAACGAGAAAAGAGAGAGGGAAGAAGAACAAAAAUGGGGAAAGGGGGUGAGAGGAUUUCAUCAGUGGCGGAACAGGAGAAAGACGAAGGCGUGGUAAUGGCGUCGGAUUUCUUCUGGUCUUACACCGACGAGCCUCACGCCUCCCGCAGAAAACAGAUCCUCUCUCAGUACCCUCAGAUUAAGCAGCUCUUCGGCCCUGACCCCUGGGCUUUCCCCAAGAUUGCUGUGGUUGUGAUCCUCCAGCUAUGGACAGCAACAUUGCUCCACGACUCAGGGUGGCUGAAGAUGCUAGCCAUUGCCUACUUCUUCGGCUCGUUCCUAAACCACAAUCUCUUCCUCGCAAUCCACGAGCUUAGCCACAACCUUGCCUUCUCCACGCCGGUCUACAACCGCUGGCUCGGAAUCUUUGCCAAUCUCCCCAUUGGCGUCCCCAUGUCUGUCACUUUCCAAAAAUACCACCUUGAGCACCACAGGUUCCAAGGUGUGGACGGCAUAGACAUGGACAUUCCAAGCCAGGCCGAGGCUCACAUUGUUCGCAAUGUGGUGACCAAAUCCAUAUGGGUUCUCCUCCAGCUGUUCUUCUACGCUCUCCGCCCACUCUUCCUCAAACCAAAACCACCUGGCUACUGGGAGUUCAUCAACUUCUUCGUCCAGCUUUCGCUCGAUGCAGCCAUGGUUUACUUCUGGGGGUGGAAGUCCUUCGCUUACCUGAUCAUGUCGACGUUCGUGGGGGGAGGGAUGCACCCGAUGGCGGGUCAUUUCAUCUCUGAGCAUUACUUGUUCAACCCGGAACAAGAGACAUAUUCGUACUACGGCCCUCUUAAUCUGCUGACUUGGCACGUAGGGUACCACAACGAGCACCAUGAUUUCCCUAGGAUUCCUGGGAGCAAGCUUCACAAGGUGAAGCAGAUUGCUCCAGAGUAUUACGAUAGCUUGGAUUCGUACAAAUCGUGGAGCCAGGUCAUCUAUAUGUACAUCAUGGACCGCACGGUUGGACCCUUCAGCCGAAUGAAGAGGAAAGUAAAGAAGUCAGAGUAAAGUUCCAGUUGAGUUCGCCAUAGGCAGACUACAUUCUUCGUAGCUUUUGAAACAUUUGUUCCUGGCGGGGGCAUCAGUUUUGGGUCGAUAUUUUAUUUGAUUUGGUUUCUUGGGGUUCAAGGGAAAAUUUGGGGUGUGGUAAUGUUGUUUAGGUUGUAGCUAUUCUUCUUCUGGGAGGGUUAUCUUUUACUUGUAGUGAAAGAAACUGCUACUAGAGUUUGUCAUGGCUGGUUCCCCGCCCUAGUGAGUGUACCAUGGGUCCAAGUGGAAAUAUGGAACAGAAAGGAAAGACGGUCUGUGUAUUUAGCACUGAGAUAUUUGCGACUUAAUACAGUUGAGUUCUUCCACUUUUUUAUUCCUUGUUUGAGCCUUGGCAAAAACCAAUUGAGAGGAGAGCUUGCUUGGGAUAGAAGUAACUGUUUUGUUGAGUGUUACAUGACUUUACUAUAUCAUACACUAUGAUAUGGACCAAAACUAGUCUUUGUAAAGUGUGAUGGUUGGGAUAUAUAUGGCCUAUUACGUAUUUACUUUGCACCAUGGCAUAAGCUUUCUUGAGUGUUGACUAUUAAUAAUAAUACAAUUUAAACCAAUGC